AUGGCGACAGAAAGAUCUCUUGCCGCGCUCCUGCGCUCGCUACAAUCAACGUCCAGUUUCGCGGAUGCUUCGGGUCUCCUCCCCACGGCCACCAGUUUCUUAUCUAUCCUCGGAAACCCAUUGAAUCUGAGUCUUCUUGCGUCGCAGUUACUCUCCGCCCCGGCGCUGUGGAAUCACCCCGUCGAUCUGUUCGCCUGUCGCAAGAUCCUGAGUGUCUUCAACACAGCCGCCAUCGCAGUUUUGCAGAAUGAUACCACGGAAGAAGCCCAGAUCCCGCACGGCGCGGGCCGUAAUCGCCGAAUCGAACGUGAAGCAUGGGUCAAAGCCAUUGCUGAGGGCGCAGAUGAUAAGUCUCCGCGCUGGAGACACAUGCUUCUACUCGGCGGAAUCCUGCUCGGCUUCGAGGGACAGAAUCGACAGGGUCUGCCGCGACAUAUUCGGACAAAAUUGGAGUCUGCUUUGACGACGGCUGCGCAAUUGGCUUUGGAGGAAUUGGAUCCCGAGGCUGGCAUUGACGGAUACUGCAUCACCAUGGUGCUCAACUAUACCUUUGAGCUUUUGUCGGAUGCAAACAGGAGUAAACUGGACUAUGACCGCUUACUACCUAUUAUGGUACGAUCGGUGUUCCAUUCCCCCGAGGGCUUGGAGGGUGGAUACUUCUUGGGCGCCAUCGAUAAAGAUGUUGUCGAGGCGCCGGGGAAGAAGUUCUGCUGGGCACCUAAUUCUGCGACAUUUGGAUAUGUGACUGCAGUCGCUGGGCGGCCUUUGGUCGGUGCGCUGGGCCCGCUAUCCAGGUUAGUUGCACAUGCCGUUGAGAACGUGCGGGAUCCGAAACUCGUUGCGCAGUCGGUGGAUUACAUGGCCGAUUUUGUGCGGACGCUUAUGGUUCAGUGGCGCCAAAAUAAGCUGUCCGAGGUUGAUGUUGCCGAGGAGACCGAGUUCUUGGAUGCGGAGUCCUUGAAGACUACGAUUCCGGCUUUGUGGACGCUUCUUCGGAAUUGCAUGUACUCGGUGGUUAUCGUUCUUCGUGCUGUGCUGGGUAGAACGAUCAAUGAUCCGGCUCUUGCUACUGGCAGUAGUGCGCCAUAUCUUUGCAUGCAGUCUCUCCAUAUCCUUCGCAACCUAUACUUUAUUUCUUCUCGAGCGGGCCAAACUGGAUCUUCCCAGCUGAACUUUGUGUUCCUCGCGGCCAUAGAUAUUCUUUCUCAAUAUCCUGAUUUGGCAGAGAACUUCCUACGCAGCAUCAAGCCUAGCGAUAUUGGCCAAAUUCCUGAUCACCCCGUGGAGCGAUGUCUGGAUUUGUUCUUUUUGAACACUGCAGAGCAUUUCCCCGUGAUCUUGACCCCUGAAGCUAGCGAAGAACUGCUCCUUUCAGCUGCUUUCCCGUACCUCGCAGCCGGUGCCAACAGCCUUCUCCUUGAAAUCUUCGAGGCAGCUCACAGCUUGACACUGGUCGUCUUUGCUAUUCCCCACAACGCAGAACUAGCCGCCAAGCAUCUCCCCUUCUAUAUCGAGAACCUCUUUGCAGUAUUCCCCGAAAACCUCUCAGCAAGACAAUUCCGCCUCGCCUUCAAAACAGUAAUCCAAGUCACAGCCCCUCCUUCGCCCCUAGCAAACAGCCAACCCCUCCUCCCCUCAAUCCUCCUCGAAGUCGUCCGCGACCGCGCCCUAACCGCAUCAACAACCCCAAUCCCACCAAACACCCAAAACGGCUCCUCACCAGAUCAAGCACCGCUCUCCGCCCAAGCCGUCCUCAUCCUCGCCCUAAUCGACUCACUCUCUUUCCUGCGCGUCGACGAUUUGAAAGAGUGGCUCCCCCUCACUGCGCAAUUGAUCAAUGCAAUUCCUGAUCGGGGUAUGCGCCAUGUCUGCGUUGAUCGGUUCUGGAAGGCGUUGAGUGGUGGCGAGAUGGAUGUUGAUCGGGCGCAUUGCUGUGUUACUUGGUGGAGUACUAGGGGUGGGAGAGAGCUUGUGUUGUUUGGUGCUGAGUCUGGGGCUGGGGCGGGUGUGGGGGAUGAGGGGGGGGCCGUUUAUGAGUGGGGCUGUCGGGGCUGUUGCGCCGGAGAGUAA